AUGACGGUGAAGAGAAGGGUUCCGGCGGUUUCCGCCAAGACUACUGCGUUGAUCAUUGAUGGAGCGUACGCGCGCAUUCAAAGCCGCAUCUUGGGUGGGAAAAUCGAUUUUAUAAAUCUACGAGCGGAACUGGAGGAAAUGGCGUCGACGGAGUUUGAAGAGUGCUGGUAUUUUGAUAGCCAGCGGAAAGAUGCGCGAGGCGAUAGUGCACUGGCAUCGGAGUUCCAUGCACUCAAGUAUGCGCGUCCGCGAGGACCUCAGUUUCAAGUGGAUAUUUUCUCGACGAAGCUGCGCAACUGUCGGUGCACGCGGUGUGGCCACGGAUUCACGCAAAACGUUCAAAAGGGCGUUGACAACGGGAUUGCGACAAAGCUACUCACGUUGACGUUGCAGCACAACAUUGAGCGUGUCGUACUACUCAGCGGUGAUGGCGACUUUUACACCUCUUUGGGCUUAGUACGCAAUGCGUUGCAGAGAGAGGUUUGGGUUGUUGGGUUCCCUGGCACUGUGUCGGGCGAUCUACAGCAACUCGCCUCGCAGAUUAUCUGGGUUGAUGAUAUAUGGGGGCAAGUGAAGUAUCAAGGACGUAGAGGAUCUGGGCGACGUGGAUGGCGAGGACUGGGAGAAUCGCAUUCUUCUCGCUCGCAUCACCAUCGGAGUCGUCGGUCGCGUGGGCACCGGGACUCAGGAUCUCACCGACACCGACACGACCGAUCGAGGAGCAACGACGUGCUCUCCCGGCGUGAACGAAGCCAGCCGCGGCGCGAGGUGCCGCUGCAUGAAAGCCGCUCCAAAAGGAACCGUCGAUCACCGUCGCCACGCCAAGAUAGUGAAGAAGAGCGCAGCUACUCACCUCUAUUUGACGAGGUGAACUUGAGCUGCUCGGACGGCGAGGACGAGUAUUCUUGCCCUUCUCAGCGAGCGUCUCGGUCUCCAAGCGAGAGCGGCGUGGUCGAGGUCCGAUUGCCCUAA